AUGCCACUCAAAGGAUUUGCUGCUUCUUGGCUCGUUAGCCCCCACCCACCCCUCCUCUCCUUCCUCCUCUUCUCUCUCUCUUAAUAGCCAUAAUAAUAUCGAGCUUGACUGCGACUCUUUCCAAUAAUUGCUGCACAAGUAUCUCCAUACCAGUGACCGAAUCCAAAUGAAGAGGUAUUGAUAAGGAAGGCAGGGUAGUGAGAAUCAUCAACCUACGCCACCGCCAUAUAUCCCUUCUCAUUUACUGUUCGCCGUGGAAUCCCUGUCAGGAAUUGAAUGGUUGGAAAGCUCCUAACCAAAUCAGCCUUCUGUUGGUCCUCCUGCAGUUGCCUGUAAGUGCUGGGUAGUUUUCAGUUCCUCGUCUUUUUGCUUGCUGCUUUUGCCCUUUCCUUCAUCUCCAGUUCUCUCUCCACUUUUGAUUUGAUUUGAUUUUUUUUUUUUUUUGGUUUUUCUUGGAGGAUCUUCUGAGGUUUCUGUAAUACGGGACUAUUUGAGGAGGAUUAUCAUUGUCAAGAUGAGAUUUUUUUUUUUUUUUUGUGAUGUGAUCUUGUUGGUCCAUGCCUGCUUUUUGAUUCCUUGCUUGUAAUUUUAGGCCGUGUGUGAGGCUUUUCAAGAUGAGAUUUCUUGAUAUUGGCAGUUAGGUUUGUUGCUCCUAUCUUGGUUCUUGAAUCGUUCCAUUCUUCUGUCUCUUUCCGCUGGAUUUUGAACUGGAUUCUGGACCUUUUGCCUUUGUUUAUGAGUCCUUUUCUUUAGCUUUGCUUGCCAUUGUUUCUUGGCUCAAGUUUGCUGUAUUGGUGUUGGUUUUCCUUUUUUGUUGAGUCCUCGUUGGAAUUUCUGGAGGGGGAGGUUUAGUGGUGGUUGUUGUGUGUGAUGGACUGGUGAUAGUGGGAUUGAUAGAGAGAGGUGUGAGUGGGCGAGAGAAGAGGGUGACAGGAGAGGAAGGAAAACAACAGAGUAGAAGGACGCAUAGUAAAAGAAAGCAAAAAGGAAGAGAGGAACAGAGAGAGAGCAUAACAGAGCAGAAGGAGAAUAGGAGAGGUGCUUUCAUGGAGUGGGAUUUGAAGAUGCCUCCUUGGGAUCUGGCAGAAUUGGAGCGUGGCACCGAGCCCAGCAUUGGAUCAGCGGUGGGGUCUAGCAGCGACCCUAGAUGGCAGGCCAGUGGGCUGGAUUGCUCCAUUGAUUUGAAGCUUGGGGGCUUGGGGGAUUUCGGAUCGUCCGAUAAGUGGAAAGACCAGCCCAGGGUGUCGAAGAUGGUGGUCUCCUCCUCCGGUCCAUCGAAGAGGCCUCGAGCACCGAGCAAUGGCAGCCAGAAUGCCGCAUGCUCGGUUGAUGGUUGCAAAGCAGACCUGAGCAAGUGUAGAGAGUAUCACCGGCGCCAUAAGGUCUGUGAGGUCCACUCCAAGACCCCAGUAGUGAUGGUAGGUGGGCAAGAACAGCGUUUCUGCCAGCAGUGCAGCAGGUUUCAUUUACUGGUGGAAUUUGAUGAGGUAAAACGAAGCUGUAGAAAACGUCUUGAUGGGCACAAUAGACGUCGAAGGAAACCUAAGCCAGAUCCUGCAAAUUCUGGCAGCUUGUUCACAAAUCACCAAGGCGCCAGAUUCUCGUAUCCUCAUAUCUUUCCAACUGUUACACCAGAGCCCAACUGGACGGGGAUUAUCAAAACUGAGGAGAGUACCCUUUAUCCACACCGCCCUCUGCAUCUCAUCAACAGGCAACACCAUUUCUCUGGUUCCUCCUACAGCUACAACAAAGAAAGAAGGCGGUUCCCUUUCUUGCAGGAUGGUGAGACAGUCCUCGACAGCAGAGCAAUGCUCGAGACAGCUUCGGUGUGCCAGCCACUUCUUAAGACCAUUCCUCCAUCUGAGAGCAGCAGCAGCAUGAUGUUCUCCAACAGUUUAACCCAAGUCCUCGACUCUGAUUGUGCUCUCUCUCUUCUGUCAUCUCCAACACAGAAUUCGGGCAUCAAUCUAAGCCAAGUUGUGCCAUCAGCUGAUCGGAUUCCCAUGGGUCAGCCUCUUGUUUCAAGUCUGCAGUAUGAUGGUCUUGCUCGGGGUACUCGCUCCCAGCCAUCCAACAGUAUUUCGCCAACUGGGUUCUCAUGUCCAGGAAUGGAGGAUGGGCAUGUGGGUACUGUUUUGGUUUCUGAUGCUAAUGAUGCCAAGCUUCAUUGCCAGGGUAUAUUUCAUGUUGAUGGAGAAGGUUCAGAUGGGACCUCCCAAACUCUCCCUUUUUCUUGGCAGUAGAGAUACUGUUACCCCUUAACUGAGUUCUGCAUUCCUUUGAUUGUUGAAACUGUUAGAUCUUACAAUGGUCAAAGGUGUUUUUUUCUCCCC